GUCCUAAUACAGAAUAUUGUUCUGAACAAGAUAAAGAGUACAAAGGGACAACUUUUCUGGAAGUUAGCGGAAUCAACAGCUUUAGUUUGUGUGGAUGCCAAUGUAGUCGCUUAAGAAUGUGUAAAAGCUUCUUCUGGGACAAGACAGGUUCCUGUUUUCUAAAGAACGAAACAGGAGUGGAAUAUUUACCUGCUCUGGGUAUUACUGGAUUCUUGAAAGAGUGUCCGACUACAUCUAGUUCAAGAUCAACUACUUCUGAAAUAUCUACUACAUCCACUUCUUCAUCCACUUCUACAUCAACUUCUACAUCAACUACUAAUGAAAUUACUGCAUCAACUACUACAUUAACUUCUACUGAAGUUACUACAUCAACUACUACACCAACUAAUUUUACUACAACUGAUUCAACAACCACUACAACUUCAAUUCUUACAUCAAAUACUACAUCUACUACCAAUACUUACACCUCUAUUACACAUAAUAUUACUUCUGAAACUACAUUAACUUCCACUCCUAGAAAUACUUCAUCUUCUAUUUCAAUGUCUACAUCUACUUACACAACAAAUACUAAUGCCUCUAUUUCUACAAUAAAUUCCACAACUACUACAACUACAUCUUCUUCUACUACUACUACUUCUUCUACUACUUCUACUACUAUUACUACUUCUUCUACCACUACUACCACUUCAACAGUAAAUCCAACAAAACAUCGAAGAAUUUGUUAAGUACUAAACCACAGCUGAGGAAUUGGAAUUGGAUAUGGAGAUAGUGGAAAGGAUCUCAGAAGAUAUGGAAAAUUGAAAAUACAAUUUUAUUCUGUUUAUAAGUAAAUUGUUGUGAA